AUGUUCCUCAAUUCCCGAACCAGUAUUCAGGCUUGCACGAGCUUGAAUAAGCCGCUAACACGUGCUUCAACCAAUGCAUCUAUCAACCAGCAAAGGGCGUACUAUUACGCUUUUCCCAAAAUACCGCGUCCAAAGAGAAACAUUUUGUAUUACAAGGCUACCUCGAUAUCAAUUGUUGCUUCUUUUAAACAGCCUUUAAUCAAGUCUAUUGGCAAUCGAUAUGGGUUGCCGGUAAGGAAGAACUUCAUUGCGAGCACUAAAAAGCUAUUUGGUAAAAGGCAGUAUGGUACGAAGGCUGUUUCAUCCAAAAAAUCAAGACGUGUUCCCUUUCGCUCGUGGUUCACCUUGACUACUAUAUCAGUCAUCUUUUUUGGAGUGGUAGCCAGGUAUUCAUUUGAUGAAGAUGUAGGGGAAGGCGGAGACGAAGAUAAAAAGGCACACGAUAUUGGUUCAUGGCCUUUGUACAUAUAUUCUCGAUUACCUUUGAAUUCGCUAUCUCGACUCUGGGGCCAAGUGAACAACAUCGAACUACCCAUUUGGAUGAGGGAGCCAGGGUUCAGGUUUUAUUCAGCAUUAUUUGGAGUGAAUCUGGAGGAGAUGCAAGAUCCCGAUUUUAAGCAUUAUAAAAAUCUGGGCGAAUUUUUCUCCAGGUCAAUCAAACCAGAGGCGAGACCCAUUGACAAUACCGCUUUGCUCUGCUCGCCAUGCGAUGGAAAGGUUUUGAAAUUUGGUGCCGUGGGAGAUGACGGCGGGAUCGAGCAAGUCAAAGGUAUCACAUAUAAAGUUGGUUCCCUAUUGGGAACCAGAAAUUCUCCUCGGUUGGCAGCUCCUCAGCAUGAAAUCCAAUUAGAUAAGAGUGCAAGAGAGUCAGAAUUUAUAGAUUUACAUGGAGGUGAAAAAACUCUCAAUUACCAACACGAAGGAGAUCAGUCGCUGUCUCACCCCUCAACUUCUGAUAUACUGACAGUUACCAAGUCGCUUUUAGGGCCAUCCAGUCACAAACAUGGUAGUGAAUUAUAUUAUGCAGUGAUAUAUCUCGCUCCAGGUGAUUAUCAUCGUUUCCAUUCGCCGGUCGAAUGGGUUGCAACCCUAAGAAGACAUUUUGUGGGCGAGUUGUAUUCAGUUGCACCAUAUUUUCAAAGAACACUCCAAAAUCUUUUCAUUUUGAAUGAGCGUGUGGCAGUCCUUGGGUACUGGAAGUAUGGCUUUUUUAGUAUGACUCCUGUUGGGGCAACUAAUGUCGGCUCGAUCAAAUUGAACUUUGAUACUCAUCUUGCAACUAACGAAGCAUAUGAGCACGAGCUCUAUUCUAAGAGUGAACUAAGAGAAGCCAUCAGAGAAAAGGACAGCGUACAGGAAAAAAAGAAGCCCAAGAAGAACACCUGCUACGAAGCGACCUACGCAAAAGCGUCUUCAUUACUUCAUGGGAUACCUCUGUUUAGAGGGGAAGAAAUGGGGACUUUCAAGCUUGGAUCUACAAUCGUCCUGGUCUUUGAAGCACCCUCAGACUUUAGAUUUACCUUGAAAGAAAACCAAACCGUGAGAAUGGGUCAGUGCAUCGGGAAGUUAGAGGAAUGA